GGAAGUAAACACGAACACGUUGAACAUGGAUCAUUCAGAGCAGAACCAAACUUCAGACAGAAACAGAGUUAAUAAGACGGAUAUUUUACGAGACUUUCAAGUAUCGUUUUUUGCAAUGAGUCGUCUGGUUACAUUUCCCUGGACUUUUUUGGAAAAAGAUCUUGAAAGCAACAAAUCAUCAGACCUGAUUUCUGACAUCCUAAAACAGACAUGUCUUCACUCUUUGUGCCGGAAAUUUCCACCAUCAGUCAGAUACAGGAAACUGUUCCUCUCUGAGAUCAUCAGACGGCAGGAGGCUGCAGGCUGUGAUCCUCUGGACGAGCUGUACGACGCGCUGGCUGAAGUGGUGGGAGCCGAAGAUACGACUGAAUGUUACAAAAACUACUUACUGCCUAGUGGAGAUGCUGUCAGCCUGCUGGAAAAUGUAGCUCUGAUCUCAGAGGGGACCACUGGCCUGGUGACCUGGGAGGCUGCUCUAUACCUGGCAGAGUGGGCUAUGGAUCACCAGCAGGCCUUCACUGGCAGGACAGUCCUGGAGCUGGGCAGCGGUGUGGGGUUGACGGGCAUCACCAUCUGUCACUCCUGCGGUCCAAACAGAUACAUCUUCAGUGACUGUCACCACAAAGUCCUGCAGAAGCUGAGAGACAACGUCCAGCUGAACGGUCUGACUGAGCAGAUGUCUCCUACAGUCGCUGUGGAGGAGAUGGACUGGAAGACAGUGACAGAGGAACAGAUCAAACAGAUCGGGGCUGACACCGUCAUUGCUGCAG